AUGUUUGCUGAAAAGUGUUGUAUAGGACCAUUGGUGAAUGAAGGACCACUGGUGAAUGAAGGACCACUGGUGAAUGAAGGACCACUGGUGAAUGACGGACCACUGGUGAAUGAAGGACCACUGGUGAAUGAAGGACCACUGGUGAAUGAAGGACCACUGGUGAAUGAAGGACCACUGGUGAAUGAAGGACCACUGGUGAAUGAAGGACCACUGGUGAAUGAAGGACCACUGGUGAAUGACGGACCACUGGUGAAUGAAGGACCACUGGUGAAUGAAGGACCACUGGUGAAUGAAGGACCACUGGUGAAUGAAGGACCACUGGUGAAUGAAGGACCACUGGUGAAUGACGGACCACUGGUGAAUGAAGGACCACUGGUGAAUGACGGACCACUGGUGAAUGAAGGACCACUGGUGAAUGAAGGACCACUGGUGAAUGACGGACCACUGGUGAAUGAAGGACCACUGGUGAAUGAAGGACCACUGGUGAAUGAAGGACCACUGGUGAAUGAAGGACCACUAUGA